AUGCCCACGCGCCCGCUAGCACCAACGACCGUCAACCGAUCUCGCCCGCGUCCCCCUCCGACGAACUCACACUCGACCCGGGACACUGCCAUCGUGCUCAGCGAAGGCUCAGAAACCGAUGAUUCCGACAUUCAAAUCAUUUCCGAGUCGCUGGUGAAGCGUGAUACUAUCACACCGCACGAAAACAGGGCCGCGUCGUCUGUGUCUGGGCGCGGCAACCGCAAGCCGGCGUCGGCGAGGAGUAUUACCGCCAUCUCGGACGACGAGGACCAAAGCCGGUUGUCACUGAACGUUAUGGUCGACCGGGCUCGAAGACAAAUCCACUGGCACCCGGAACGCCGAGCACCGCCGAAAUCUCUCAAACGCGCUCACACGCUCGCGUAUAUCCCGACGAGAAGAGAACCCCCAAUGAGAAUGUCAAUCGCAUCGUCGAUGGCGAUGCCAAAGCGCAUGCUAUCGAAUCCUACACACAUCAAGAAGGAACCCGAGAUCAUUGACCUGGUUGAAUCGGACGACGAUGUCGAUAUGCCACGCGCACAUGAUGUUUUGGACAAACAGGACGUGAAGGAAGAAGAGGAGUCUGAUCCUGAAGAUGAUUAUGACGCUUUUUGGGAAGAUCCUAUUGAAGUCGAAGAGCCUGCAGAGAACUACGAAGAACCUACCCCAAUCGCCGAACCUGAUCUGUCGCUAGGAGGGAUGUUUCAAUCUAUGCAUCUUGGUCGAGGGCAUGUCCCGCGGCGGAAGAUCACAUUUGAAGGUUGGCAUGGCACAGUCGAAUCCAAGUUAGAUAGAUGGUAUGAGCUUCCUCGAAGUCAGCCGCGUGCCCGAUUCCGCGAGCAGCGACCUUCAUUGGUUGAAGCAGUUGGCUUCGACCGUUUGACGGAGAAACGCAGGGUUAAACAGUCAGGAGGAUCAAUUAACAUGAUCUUGCAACAUAAUGGGAGGGUAGUGGUCUGCUCUGCGACGCCAGGUGGCGAAUCAAGUAAUGCGUCAGAGCCAGAUCCAUAUAACAGGGCAGGAACACUCAUAAGCUGGUCUCAAGUUGAAACGAUGGCGAAUCCUGCAGAUGUGGUCGACCUGGAGCAACAGCAGCUUGGACAGGCCGAAAAUGUGCCCCACAACACCGUCAAGUGCAUAGCAUACGACCCUUAUUCCAAUGUUUUAGCAGCUUCUAGCGGAAAAGUCGUUCACACUUGGGAUUACGAUUCCGAGCUGGACAGUUACGAAGUCAAAGACAUUUAUCGUUACAAAUACCGAAACAAAUCAGUGACUCCAUUACAAGUCAUCUUUAAACCAGACGAAGCCGGUGUACUGGGUGUCGGAGAACGGUCUCUUACCGUCCACCGAGUCAACAGUGAUUCGCAGCACAGUUUUAGCCUCACUCCUGAAGGGCAGGAGCCGUUUCAUACCGUCGAAAGCACCCAAUCCACACAAGUUCGUGGUUUUCAUGGCGCCUUCGACCUCAACAGCCGCGACAAACUGCCGUUGUUUGACUUGGAGACCUCGCCUUCGGGAUACGGGGAAGCUGGGGAUGCAAUGUGCAUCGACGAUUGUGGAAGCCUUGUCGCUCUUGCCACUCAAAAUGAAACCAAAAACACUCUCAGAUUAUACGAUGUGCGUCGGAGGGACGGUAGGGCACGGCGGACAAUCCAGUUGGAGUCGUUCUCGGACAAAUUGCGCGAGGUCAACUGCAUCUCUUUCAGUCCCGACGGUCUGUACAUUGCGGUCGGCCGGUCCGAUAAUCACGCUCACAUCUACGACACGCGGAUGUUCAAGAAGCACGAUCUGCGAGACCGAGACCCGUAUCGACUGCUGGCCGAUUUCAAGCAUUUACCUGGCGAGGAUUUCGGAGUUACAUCCGCUCAAGAGAGAGAGAAAACGGACUGCGGCAUCACUGGCAUGCACUGGGCGGAGAGUCGAGACUUGAAACGGAAUGCAUUGGUCACCAGUGGGGACGACGGUCAUAUUCGACUAUGGAAUCCCGACCAUUCUAAUCAGAAUGGUCAUUACAUCGCGACCACGGACGCCGAUGUAGCUACCUUCGUAGUAGGGGAUCGGAGUCUAGGCGAGCACCGGCUCAUUGCAGGAGAUAUGGAUGGCACCGUCUAUGUAUUUGACGAUUAUCCUGACAUCUAGUCAUCAUUGG